ACUAGGAUAGUAUAAAUUCCAGGCGUUACAGAGAGGUUGGCGAACUCGCCUCUUUUGCGCAUCCUCAUGGUGCUUGUGAGCUGGAUGCAAGGCGCUUGUUUUGCCUCUGAUUCACAACAGGAGUGGAGUGUAGCCUUCGUCAUCCUACUACGUGCUGUUUCGGGACUUGCAGGUGACCAUUGUGUUUGGCAAAUUGGCAGCGUCGACUCGACCAGUUGCCUCACGACUGCCUUCAACGUCUACGAGGAGUGCAACUUCAGGAUGAAGUCCUCGAGCUUGGCUAUGGCGGUCAUGAUGGCCGUUGCGAUAGGCAUGGUCGUGCUGGUUGCUUAUGCUCCCACUGUGGCAGGAGACGGGGGAUACCAAUGUUGGGCUGGCAUGGAUCACGGGCCGUCGACAAUCAAGAAGAUCAACUGCAAGAAGAACCCGCAUGCGGCAAGCCUUGACGGAUGCCAGCAGAAAUGCAACAUGAACGCGAACUGUGGGGGCAUCGUUUUCAUCAAUGGCGGCGUUCAACACUGGAGGAAGGGCAAAUACUGCUGCAUCCUCAAGAGUGACAUCGAAGAAGAGAGCUUCAUGCCCGAGUUCGGCUCCACCCUGUGCGAGGUCCUGGAGGACUAGGCUCGGAUGGAGGUACUGGCCCAGCUUCACCGCGGGCCUCUCUGUCUGUUGUUGUGGAACUGAGCUCGGAUGGAACUGCGGGACCAGAAUGGAACUAACUAAGCUCGGAUGGAACUAGGGGACCAGAAUGGAACUAAGCUCGGAUGGAACUACGGGACCAGAAUGCUUGGAUGGAACUACAGGACCGGAAUGGAACUAAGCUCGGGUGGAGGAACUACGGGACCAGAAUGGAACUAAGGUCGGAUGGAGCUACGGGACCAGAAUGUAACUAAGCUCGGAUGGAACUACGGGACCAGAAUGGAACUAAGCUCGGAUGGAACUAUGUGACCAGAAUGGAACUAGGGGACCAGAAUCUCACUCUUGUUUUGAAUGAUGCCCCUCACGGAUGUUUGACUCCUGGGGGGGGGAGAGAAAGGAGACGGAUACCCACCUACCGUAGACGUCGAGGUCAGAAAGGAGUCGGCUGCGGAGAACGGAACGAGAAGAGGCCUCGACAAAAUUGAUGUCACUGUUAUGAAGUAAUAUGAACAUUAGGAAAACGGGCAAAAGCAGGUGUGCCUUUCUUUAAGUCAAUGUUUCCAACUUUCCAGUCUGCGGGGGGGGUAUAGGAGGGAUCAUAGAGCUAUCUAGAAGACUAUUAAGAGGUUCAACUUAACGAGCCGAAAGCCAUGAUCACCUUUGAAGCAGAUGGAGUGAUGGACGACCUCACGGUUGCGCGAGGAGAGGGGUGUCCGUCAUCUGUUUUGCCCUGUUCUCUCUCUCCACGUCAAGGCGGACAAGUCAUGGGCUAUAACACUGACAGCUUUUGCAUGCAUAGGAUCACAUUAACAACGACGGACUCUGUGAGUUAUGAGUUCAUACUAGGUCUAAAUGGUCGGUCACAUGCCGUGGAUGAUAUACAUGCCGUGGAUGAUGUAUGCACACUUGGAGCAAAGAUGCGAUGUUUGUUCCGUACAGUUCUGGUCACAUUAUAACUUCACAAAAAAAGAAAAAGAAAGAAAAAAAGGUAUGCUGAAGUGGAUCAUCGACUCAUGUUGACAAAGAAAUGUUUUUUAAUUCCGCGAUUGCCCGAGACAUGCGCCUCUUUCUCCGGCGGGGUACUCAGACGAGAAGGUGGAAGGGGGGCCUAGGUGUACGCCAUAGCUCGAUAUGGGCCUAUGGCCUCUAUUAUUACUCGGUGUUCUAUGCUCAUUUUUUUCUGGAGUAAUUCAUUUCGAGAUUUCUUCGCAACAACG